UGGCCCAGUCAGAUUCCACUGGAGCUGAAGCAGGCAGGGGGCAGAUGGAGCUAUAUUUAGAGUGGGGUGGGAUUAAAUUGCAAGGUCUUCACACUGGGAACCUUUGCUCUGCCUUUUCCAGCCAGGACCGACUCCCAAAAGGACCUGUGGCCGACGUCUCCUUCCUUUCUCCACAGACCCCCUUGUUCACCCGUCGUUUCCCGUCCUGACACGCCAUGGACCCCAACGCCAUCAAGGAGGAGCUGCGCCUCUUUCAGAGCACACUGCUCCAGGAUGGGCUGAAGGAGCUGCUCAAUGAGAACAAGUUUGUGGACUGCACUCUGAAGGUAGGCGACCGCAGCUUCCCCUGCCAUCGGCUGAUCAUGGCCGCCUGCAGCCCUUACUUCAGAGAGAUCUUCUUCACAGAGGAUGGGAAGGAAGUGGAAAACACCAAGGAGGUGGUCCUGGAGGAUGUCAACCCUUCCAUCCUGGACAUGAUCAUCCAGUACCUCUAUUCGGCUGAGAUUGAUCUCACCGAUGACAAUGUACAGGAUAUAAUUGCUGUGGCGAACAGAUUCCAGAUCCCUUCUGUCUUUACGGUCUGUGUCAAUUACCUUCAGAAGAAGCUGUCACUAGGCAACUGCAUGGCUAUUUUCAGGAUGGGCCUGGUGCUCAGCUGUCCCAGGCUUGCUGUGGCUGCACGCAACUACAUCGCUGAUCGUUUCGAGCUCCUCUACAAAGACGAGGAGUUCCUCAAACUCGCAGCCCACGAACUGUUCGCCAUUAUCGGUGGAGAUUCACUGAAUGUGGGGAAGGAGGAGCUGGUGUUUGAGGCGGUCAUGGCCUGGGUCCGCCAGGACAAGGAGCGCAUCAAGGUCCUGAAGGAUGCUUUCAACUGCAUCCGCUUCCGCCUACUGCCAGAGAAGUACUUCAAAGACAGAGUGGAGACUGAUGAGAUCAUCAAGGCCGACCCGGAGCUCCAGAAGACGAUCCAGGUCAUCAGGGAUGCCUUCAAGGGGAAACUUCCAGAGAAACCCAAGAAGAAGGAGGGGGAGGAAGGUGCCGACGUGGAAGGUGAGGAGGAGGACAGCCCAUUUCCCGGCUUCCUAAAUGACAACCGCAGAUACGGCAUGUACGCACGUGACUUCAUUGUGAUGAUCAAUGAUACGGCGGCGGUGGCAUAUGAUGUCAGCGAGAACGAGUGCUUCCUGGCAGCCAUGUCGGAGCAGGUGCCACGUAACCACGUCAGCCUGGCGUCACAGAGGAACCAGCUCUACAUCAUUGGAGGACUGUUUGUAGAUGAGGAAAACAAAGAUGUACCACUGCAAUGUUACGUCUACUUGUUGGAUCCACUCACAUCUGACUGGGUCGCCCUGCCCCCCAUGCCUUCUCCAAGAUGCCUCUUCAACAUCGGAGAGAGCGAGAACCUUCUGUUCGCCGUGGCUGGAAAAGACCUCCAGACCAACGAGUCUCUGGAUACCGUGAUGUGCUACGAUGUUGAGAAGAUGAGGUGGAGUGAGACCAAAAAGCUUCCUCUGAAGAUCCACGGCCAUGCUGUCAUCUCCCACAAAGGACUGGUCUACUGCAUUGGAGGAAAGACAGAUGACAAUAAAGCCCUCAACAAGAUGUUUGUGUACAACCACAAGCAGUCAGAGUGGAGGGAGCUUGCAGCCAUGAAGACACCCAGAGCCAUGUUCGGCGCUGUUGUCCACAACGGCAAGAUCGUGGUGGCUGGCGGAGUCAACGAGGAAGGCCUCACUGCCACAUGUGAAGCCUAUGACUUCGCAACAAACAAGUGGGAGCCCUUCACAGAGUUUCCCCAGGAGAGGAGCUCUGUCAACCUGCUGAGCAACGGCGGCUCCCUGUACGCCGUGGGCGGCUUCGCUAUGGUUCAGAUGGAGAACAAGGAGGUGGCUCCCACGGAGGUCACUGACGUCUGGCAGUAUGAGGAUGAUAAGAAGCAGUGGAGUGGCAUGCUGAGGGAGAUGCGUUACGCUGCCGGCUCCUCCUGCGUGUCCAUGCGCCUCAACGCUGCCAGGAUGCCCAAACUGUAGACAGAAUCACUUUCUUUCAUAACCUUCCCAACUACACCUCCUGACACCCCCCUCCUCCCCUGGUGAGCUGCCUCCGAGGCGUCUCAUCCUCUGCAAUCGGAUUUCUGUGUGUCAAGUUGAUCUUUGACAUUAAUUUUUCUCUGAACUCAGAUGAUUUUUAUCAGUACUAUAAACACUCAGCCUCUUCAAAGACUGCACCAUCCCCACAGUAAUAAAAAAAAGAAGCCACAAUUUAGAUUGAUCUAUAAAGCUCUGUUUACAUCAUUUCUAGCUCUUCUUUUGUAAAAUAAACAUUUGUAAACUUCUG